ACUCCCAGACCGAUAUUGACUCAACCAGCUGCAUCGACGUCCACGUUCCGGGACCAGACAAAUCGCCUCUUCCACUCGGACCGUGGCUGCUAUGGGGUCCGUGCGGACGGAGAGGGGCUGCCUCCCCUGCUGCAACUGUUUGGUGGCCGUGCCACAGGACAAGUACGUGGCAGUGGAGUACUUUGGCAGCUUCACGCAGACCCUACGCCCUGGUCUCAAUUGGGCGGGAUGCGACCUGGGAGGUCUUUGUGUGGCGCUCCGAUCCAUUUCUUCGCGCACGGAACAGCUGGAGGUCAAGGUGACCACCAAGAGCAAGGACAACGUCUUCUGCACGGUGCACAUCUCGGUACAGUUUGCCGUGAACCCUCAGCAAUGCGAAGAUGCGAUCUACAAGCUGGCCAAUGUCAGUGACCAGAUCGAUGCCUUUGUGGCCAACAUCAUCCGUAGCAAGGUGCCCAACAUGGACAUCGACGAUGCGUUCGAGGCCAAGGACGACUUGUCCUCAGCCAUCACCCAAGAGUUGGCAGCCACCUUAGCGCCUUUUGGCUUCGUGGUGCACAACGUUCUCUGUACCGAGAUCCGUUUGCACAAGUCGGUCAUGGACGCCAUGAACGAGAUCAAUCGACAGAAACGACUGCGAGAAGCGGCAAUCAUGGAAGCUGAAGCGCAGAAGAUCCGAGUGGUCAAGGCUGCUGAGGCGGACGCGGAAGCGGCCGAACUCCAGGGCGAUGGUAUCGCGCGCCAGCGGGGAGCCAUCAUCGAUGGCUUGCGGACGGCAGUCUUGGAGAGGACAGAUCACAAGGCGACCACAGAGGAGCUUUCAAAGUUGCUGCUGGUGACGCAAUACUUCGAGACCAUGAAGCAGAUAGGCUCACGGGAGAAUAGCAAGACCUUCGUCAUGCCCAAGGCCAACCCACUGGACUCCGAGAGCCAGCUAAGGAUGGGUUGGUUGCAGGCGAAAGCUGGACUGGCUGGACUCCAACGUGGCAGAGGUCCGGUUCAGCAGUCGAUGCCAAGGGACACUCGUACUUCCAGCCCGCCGGCCGUGAGUGGUGUGCCCGCUGGCCGCGCAGAACGCACGUCCUCGCCCGCUGUGAGCGCGCCCCGGCGGAGCUCGGGCGAGCGCCGUACCUCAGGGGAGCGGCGACCGUCCCAGCCACGGUCCACUUCUCCAGCUCCGCGCCCGGUGCCAGUGCAGCCUGCGGCGCGUCCGCCGGUGGUGCUUCAGAUCCAGGUGCCACCCGGCGCCCCGCCCGGCGCCACCCUGCAGUGCCAGGCACCUGACGGACGAACCGUGCAAGUGAGAAUCCCGCCCGGUGCACAGCCAGGUCAGUUGUUACAGAUUCAGGUCUGACCACCACGGUGAUGGGUGUUUCCGCUGUGCCUUUGCUUCGAUGACGAGAUAGUUGAUGGGC